AUGGACCCCUACUCCGCCGAAGGCGAACUGAUCAACAUCCACAACCACUUCCACCAAGGCCAAUACCAGGAAGUGAUCACCUUCGACACGAGCACCCUCUCACCCGAGAACGCUCUCCCGGCGCGGGUGCUGCAGCUGCGGGCGCGCGUUGCGCUGGGGGAGGCCGCGGAAGCCCUCGCCGACGUCAAGGGCGCCGCCGAGCCCGAGCUGCAGGCCGUGGGCGCCCUCGCCCAGUUCGCCCUGGGCAAGGUCGACGCCGCCGUUGCGGCCGCCGAGCGUCUCGCCGCGGAGAGCGCCGAGAACACGACCGUGCAGGUCCUGGGCGGGACCGUGCUGCAGGCGGCGGGGAAGAGCGAGGAGGCGUUGGCGCUGUUGGGACAGCAUCAAGGGAGCUUGGACGCCGUUGCGCUUAUUGUGCAGAUUCACCUGAACAAUAACAGGAAUGAUCUCGCCGUCAAGGAGGUCGCUGCUGCCCGGCGGUGGGCGCAGGAUAGCCUGCUGGUGAACCUCGCCGAGUCGUGGGUUGGCUUGAGGCUGGGCGGCGAGAAAUACCAACAAGCGUUUUACGUUUUCGAAGAACUGGCACAGGCGCCCGCGACAUCAUCAGUACGGACCUUGGUCUCACAGGCUGUUGCCGAACUGCACCUUGGGCGCACUGAGGAGGCGCAGGCUGCGCUAGACCAGGCGUUGACGAAGGAACCCGAGCACGCCGAGGCCAUUGCCAACCUGUUGGUUCUGAGCGUAAUUACUGGGAAGAGUGCCGAGGAAGCGAUAAGCUCUCUCCAAAAGGCCAAUGCUGAGCACCCACUCUUGGUGGACUUGGCUGAGAAGAGCGAGCUGUUUGAUAAAGCCGCUACAAAGUACAAGGCCAAGGCGGCGGCAUAG